GAAAGAGGAGAGGAGAAGAGAAGGAAGAGGAAAUAAAGGAAGACCUGAGAGAAACAGGAAACUUGUGAGAUCAUUCAGGCAGUUUGUCUUGAAGUCUUGUGAAACAGGUGACCAUGGAAGCAGCAGUGCCCAUGCAGGCACCCAUGUGUCUGGUAGAAAACAGGAAUGGAGAGCUGACAGUAAACCAGGAAGCCCUGAGGAUUCUUACUUCCAUUACCAAUCCAGUGGUAGUGGUAGCCAUUGUUGGCCUGUACCGUACUGGAAAAUCCUACCUGAUGAACAGGCUAGCAGGAAAGAACAAAGGCUUCUCCCUGGGCUCCACUGUGCAGUCCCACACAAAGGGCAUCUGGAUGUGGUGUGUCCCUCACCCCAGCCAACCUGACCAUUUCUUAGUUCUGCUUGACACUGAGGGCCUUGGAGAUGUGGAAAAGGAUGACUCCAAGAAUGACUCCUGGAUCUUUGCCCUGGCCAUUCUGCUCAGCAGCACUUUUGUCUACAACAGCAUGAGCACCAUCAACCACCAGGCUUUGGAACAGAUGCAAUAUGUAACAGAGCUGACAGAGCUAAUCAAGGUCAAAUCCUCACCUGAUGCUGAGGAAAAAGAAGACUCAGCAGCGUUUGUGGGCUUCUUUCCAGAGUUUGUGUGGACUGUGCGGGAUUUCACCUUGGAGCUUGAGCUCGAUGGCCUCCCCAUCACCCCAGAUGAGUACCUGGAAAAUGCCUUAAAACUCAGCAAAGGCAAGAACCCUAAAGUUCAAAUGGCCAACCUUCCAAGAGAGUGCAUCAGAAAUUUCUUUCCAAAACGGAAGUGUUUUAUAUUUGACCGUCCAACAAAUAAGUCACUCUUAACCCAUCUUGAAGAUGUCCAAGAAAGCCAGCUGGAGCCUGCAUUCAAGGAUCAGAUAGCUGACUUCUGCUUUUACAUCUUUUCCAACACAAAGCCCAAGGCCCUUAGUGGGGGCAUUAUGGUCAAUGGGAAUCGGUUGGGAAGACUGCUGGAGACAUAUGUGAAGACAAUCUCUAGUGGAGACAUUCCCUGUCUGGAUAAUGCAGCGUUAGAAUUGGCUCAGACUGAGAAUUCAGCUGCUGUGCAAAAAGCUGCCAACCAUUAUGUAAAGCAGAUGGCCCUAAAGGUAGACUUCCCAACAGAAACUCUACAGGACUUGCUAAGCUUACAUACAGACUGUGAGAAAGAAGCCAUCUCAAUAUUCAUGAAGCAUUCUUUCAAGGAUGACUCACAAAAGUUCCAGAAUGAACUGGUGCAAAUCUUAGAAACCAAGAAGAAUGAUUUCAUGUGUCAAAAUGAGGAAGAAUCAACCAAAUAUUGUCAAACUAAGCUUGAGAACCUCGCACAGACCCUGAGGGAAGCCAUUUCUGAAGGCACCUUCUCUGUGCCAGGGGGUUACAAGCGCUACAGGAAAGAAAGAGAAGACAUGAUAAACAAUUAUCAUCAAGUGCUCAGGAAAGGCAUAAAGGCAGAUGAGGUCCUCCAAAGGUUUUUGCAGUCACUGGCAAUGACAGAAGAAUCCAUCUUGAAGACAGAUCAAACUCUCACCGACCAAGAGAAGGCCUUGGAAGUUGAACAACUCAGAAGAGAAGCAGCUGACAAAGAGAAGAAGUUGUUGGAACAGCAACAAAUGGAAAUGCAACAAAAGAUGGAAGCUCAUGGGAGAACUUAUGAAGAAAACAUCAAGCAAUUGAAAAAGAAGAUGGAGGAAGAAAGGAUCCAGAUCCUGAGAGAACAGGAAAUGAUGCUGGACCAUAAGCUAAAGGAACAAAAGAAGCUGAUGGAGGAAGGGUUCCACGAGAAAGCUGAAGAGAUGAAGAAAGAGACAGAGAACCUAGAAACAAGCAUUAAGUCUGAUGAAAGUGAAAAUUUUUUCCAGUGGUCCCCAGUUUUAGAUGCUUUUGGCACUGGAUUGAUGAUUAUGUUACCUGGUCCAGGAAAACUCAUUGGGUUGGGUCUAAAGACAUUGGGUCAUGCUCUUCCAUAAUCAAAUCGGCUUCAGUUUAUCAAAAGAAAGUUACAGAACACAGAUGUCCCACCUAAAAAGAAACUGGCACUGAGAGCUCCUUGUAUGUGUGUGUGUGUGUGUGUUUCUUCUGCUUCUAAUUCAUCCAAGUAUUAAAAAGUAAGGCUAAUGAUCUCCAUAUAAGACAAAGGAAACAGGUGAAAAUUCAUGCAAAGAUCAUCCUUCUCCUCAGUAUUAGUGAGGAGAGGCAUCAUUCCACUAAGUGAAAGGCUUCUUUCCUUUAAUGCAAAUGGUCUGGAUGGGAGAAAGCUGGAGUUCUCCCUUUCCUUUUGAUGGCUCAGAGCAUUCAGAGCUAGAAGGAGCCUGGACAGUCAUGGAGUCUAACUGGCUCACUAUCCACACAUUUCCUUGGUGCUUCAAUGGGUGGGGCAGGACUAGAAGUCAGGAAGAGCUGAGUUCAAAUCUGUCAUCUGAAUCUCUCUGUGUCUCAGUUUCCUCAUCCAUAAAAUGGGGGUGAUAAAAUCACUUGCUUCACAGGGUUGGUGUGAGGACAAAAUGAGUAAAAUUCUUUGGAAACCUCAAAGUGCUAUGUAAAAGCUACCUAUUAAUAGUAGGAAACACUGAGCACAGAGACACAGUGACUUGCUCAAGGUCAUACAGAAGAUGGAACUUCAACUGAGCCUCUUGAAUACAAAUAUGUUCUGACAACCAUGGAGGAUGAGUCCUUUGACCUCUCUUUAGAGAUGACAACAUAGAAAUUUGUCCCUGCGCUUCUUAAAUUUUUUAAAAGUUCAAGUGGAAUAGUUUCUGACUUCAGAACCCCCCAAUUAUACUUUGAAGUAGAAAUAUUUCUGUGUGAUCAAUAGAAAGUGUUUUGAGUUUGUAGUCAGAAGACCUGAGCUCAAAUGCCAACCCUGGCAUUUACUGCCUGUGUGAUCUUGGAUAAAUCACUUAACCUUCCCCAGCCUCAGUUUCCUCCACUGGAAAAUAAGCAGACUGAGCUAGAUGAUCUUUUAGUUUUCUUCCAGCUCUAAACCCUAUUUCUGUGGUGGGUAUUAGGUGUCUCAGAAUCAUCUCUCUACUGUUGUCCAGAAGAUGUUCAACGUAUUGACUUUCCUAGUCCUAUAAGUUGACUUUGCAAGUUGUGCCAUUACAGUCUCCGAGCAAAGAGAGCUCUCUCUUAGAGAGUGCUCUUCACCAGCUUCAUCACCAGCCUGAAUAUGUCUUUGCAACUUCAAAAUCAGAGGUUCCCAAAUUUUCUUGGCUCACAGAACCCUUAGCAUCUCAGUGUUUUUUAUAACACCCCUGGGACAAAAGGAAUACUUCAUUCCUGUUUAUUAAAUACUGUAACAAGUAUUUAGUAGACAUUGAAAAAAUAUAUACAUAAAUGGAAAGAAUUUUUAAAAAUUUCAUUCUUUUAUUUGUUGGAUUCUUUGUGACCCCAUUUGGGGUUUCCUUGGUAAAGAUAUUGAAGUGGUUAUCAUUCUCUUCCCAAGUUCAGUUCACAGAUGAGGAAACUGAGGCAAAAAGGGUUAAAUGACUUGCCCAGGGUCACACAGGUAGUAGGUAUCUGAGGCUGGAUUUGAGCUCAAGUAUUCCUGACUCUAGUCCCUGUGAUCGGUCCAGUGAGCCACCUAGGUACCCACACUUCAUUCUUAAAUAACCAGAAUCAUUAAUAUGAUCUGUGUGCCUGUUGGGCCCAGCACAACAUCUUGAACUUUGAAUCUAAUUGGACACAAUGCCCACCUACCCCUAUUUCCUGUUCCAUAGUGAUUUUUGCUUAAUUAUUACUUUUAAACUCACCAACUGCCAAAAAUUCAGCUUCACCAAGACAGGAUGACAUAAACAGGAACUUAUUAUCCUAGUCAAAAGCACAAGAGGACAUAUUCAUCUAAAAGAUUCCAAAAUGUCAUUGAAAGGAAUGUAGCAUUACCUAAUGUUGAAUCUAUAUGCUACUUCUAGGCAGUAAUUAGCCUGGUAUCAGACAGCUUUUGAAUAGCCCUGUGUUGCCCUUAAAAUUCAAACAUCACAUGAUGUCCUGGUGAAUUAUCUGUGGAUCCCUGGAGAGCCUUACCGUACAUUCUAAGAACCAUUUCUGGUUUAGCCUUCUGAUUAAAAGCAUAGACAAUCUUAUUCCUUUGCCACAUGAUACUCAUACAGCUAAUUGAAGACACUUAUGUCCCCUUUAGACUUCUCUUCUCCAAGCCAAACCAUCUUCAUCUCUUUUGCUACAUCUUUUGAAUGUCUCUGUUUUAUUUUUCUCCUUUUUAAAAUAAAACUUCUUUAUGUA